AUGCAAGCAGUCAGGUCUCUGUUUGUCUCCCAGUGGUCCUCAGAUGUGUCCCUGGAGGGAAAGACAGCCAUCGUGACGGGGGCUAAUGUGGGCAUUGGAAAAGAGACGGCCAAGGACCUGGCCAGCAGAGGUGCCCGGGUGAUUUUGGCGUGCAGAGACAUGGCAAAGGCAGAGCAGGCCGUCCGUGACAUCAUGAGGGAAGUGGAGGGGGCCAAGGUGGUCGCCAAGCAACUGGAUCUCGCUGACACCAAGUCGAUCUGCCUGUUUGCCGAGAACGUCUACAACAGUGAAAAGUAUCUUCACUUCCUGAUCAACAAUGCAGGCGUGGCUAUUUGCCCUCACGCCCUGACGGUGGAUGGAUACGAGUUGCAGUUUGGAGUCAAUCACUUGGGCCAUUUCUUCCUGACCUUCCUGCUACUCGACUUGCUGAAGCACUCUGCCCCAGCCCGCGUCAUCAACCUGUCCUCGGCGGCUCACGCCAUGGGCAGGAUCCACUUCGAAGACCUCAGCGGCGAGAAGGACUACCACCCCGUGCGGGCGUACGCUCAGAGCAAGUUGGCCAACGUCCUGUUCACCAGGGAGCUGGCCAAGAGGACUGAGGGUACCUUUGGUGUGACGACUUACUCCGUGGACCCCGGGGUGGUGAAAACUGAAAUAACCAGGCACAUAAGGCGCCCUAUUCUGGACGUUAUCAAGACCAUCAGUUUGCUGUUCAGGACCCCCGCAGAGGGGGCCUACACCACCAUCUACUGCGCCGUCACCCCUGAGAACCUGCUGGACAGAGGAUACUACAGGGACUGUGCCAGUGCAAAGAGCUGCCGGGCGGGUCAGGAUGAUGGCAUCGCCUCAAAGCUGUGGGCCGUGAGCUGCCACCUGCUGGGCAUCUGCUGGAGAUAA